CAGGACCUUCUUGCUGUGAGGCGACAGUGCUCCCCACUCUAUCAGGUUGCGCGCACGGGGGGUUCGUUUGGUUUGGAUCGGUCCAACCACCUGUAACAGGCUGAAUGGAAACUAUGUCACCUCAGCAGCAAAUAAACAUCAGCCAGAGCCAACCAGUCACCAAGGAGUCCAAAAUGUGCGCGCAACUGGACACCAAGCGGAGGACGAAGGCUCUGUCCUGUCGCAGACAGUCGGCUCCUUCCCUGGUCAUCAGCAAAGCACUGACCCGAUCAAGAACAAUAUCCAGGGAUAGUUGCCCAUCACCAGUGAGCCCAGAAACAUGCCUACUGGUGCAGUCGUACCUCAAUCCCUCGAGGAUGUUUAUUUCUCAUGCAUAUGCCCAGCUGAAGACGGGUCUGCAGACCCAGGAGAGGCACCUGUUCCUGUUUACCGACAUUCUGCUCAUCAGCAAGGCCAAAUCUUCAACAAACUUUAAGCUGAAGGCUCUGGUCCGGGUUUGUGAAAUGUGGACAGCAAACUGUAUGGAAGAAGUGUGUGAGGGAAGUACGAGUCUCGACAGAAGCUUUGUCAUGGGCUGGCCAACCUGUAACUGUGUAGCCACAUUCAGCUCAGCUGAAGUGAAGGAGAAAUGGCUGACGCUUAUAAAAAGUGAAAUAAAAGAGGAGAAGGAGAAAGAUAAUCCAAAAACAAUCCCCCUCAAAGUGCAUGCGAAGGACAUGGGGCACUUGCUAUAUAAAACGAUUGCUGUGAGUAAUUCUGACAGCGCCAAUGAGGUUAUUCGUCUGGCACUGCAGCAGUUCGGCAUUAUGGGUUCGGCGAAGGACUUCCAGCUGUGGGUGAGUUCCAGAAAAGACAAUGCUCCCUACCCUCUGAUUGGUCAUGAGUUUCCUUUUAGCAUACAGAUGAGCCAUAUAAGAGAUCCACUGGAUGAAACUGGCACCAAAAAUGUUGAAGUUACAGCUCCUGAAAGACAGAUGGAGCUGAUCCUCGAACAGUUGCAGUCUGACAGUCAGUGCCAGUUUAUUCUGAGGCCCAGUCGGGUGGCCAUGGGCCACUCCUUUGUGGUUGAUCCAGACCAGAAGCCAUUCAAGAGACGGCGAUCGCUCAUUAAUUGGGCUUUUUGGCGUGGCUCAUCCAAUCAACUUGAUGAGCCUUCAUCACCGGCAGCUGAUAGGCUGUUUGGCUUGCCACUUAGCUUGGUGUGCAUGGAGAACAGCCUUCCCAAGCCCAUUAUGGACAUGCUGGUGUUUCUGUUCCAAGAAGGGCCGUUCACGAGGGGAAUUUUCCGUCGCUCAGCUGGGGCCAAGGCCUGCAGAGAACUGAGAGACAAACUCGACUCGGGAAUCCAGGUCGUUCCAAUAACCCGCCAAUCCAUCUUUGUGAUUGCUGCUGUGUUCAAGGACUUCCUGCGCAGCAUUCCCGGCGGCCUGCUGUCGUCAGAUCUCUACGAGAAGUGGAUGGCCGUCAUGGAUUUGUCCAACGAAGCAGAUGAGGAGGAAUGGUCCAGCAAAGCAAAUGAUGACCAGUUGAAGGCCAUUCAGGGAUUGUUAGCCUCUCUUCCCCCUGAGAACCUCCUGCUCCUAAAGCAUGUUUUGGCAGUGCUUUACAACAUCCAGCUCCGAGCCCAAGACAACCAGAUGAAUGCCUUCAACCUGGCUGUAUGUAUUGCUCCCAGCAUGCUCUCUCCUCCCUCCUCCAGCAGCCCCGAGAUUGAGGGAAAAGGCACCAAAAAGGUCUGUAAGUUGGUACACAUAAUGAUUAAAAAUUGCGUGGCAGUUAUAGGAGAAGAUGUGACCGCUUUAUUUGAUGGUUUUCCUCAAAGAUGUAGCACCGACAAUCAUGGAUCAGAUGUGUCUUCUUAUCAAAUGACCGACUCAUCCUAUGAUAGCCUUGAGAACGAGCUACAUGAUGAGUCUGGGUCGCCAUUCCAGCCGAUACAGAGGUCCCGAGGGAAGCCAGACAGUCGCAGUUGUGACUCAGUUCUGACCCUAAGUGACUGUGAUCUGGAUCAAACUGACACUGACCCGGAGAACACCCAAAACACGCACCACUUACCCCCACAGUUAGCCCACCCUGUAAAAACUCGCCCAGCGUUAAGUCCACCAUCUCCUCGCCCAGAUUCCCCUCAUGCAGCGACUCCUCUUCCCAAGGGUGUUUGCCAGCUGAGGCGCUCCUCUGAGCCCGCCAUUUGGAACACAACCUCAUCCUUAGGCAAAUUCCUGGAGCGCAGGGGAAAGCGGCAGGGCAGUUAUGAUUGUGUGACUCACCAGGGCAGAAGCGAUGAUGAUGAGAUGUUUGUUAAGCAUUUGAACACCCUGAGGUUUGAGAAGCAGGGAAGUCCUUGUAAAAAGAAUCAGAGUGAGAGGAAUGUCUUCAGACAGUGGAAGGAGCACCUCAAACCUCCACCUCUGAAUCUAGGCACCAGCUUCACGAGCUUCUGCUCUCCUCCAGCUUCACCAGUAGGCUCAUCAGUAAGUUCUCUGGACAGCGUUUUCUCUCAGCAUUCUGUCGACUUUGCCAAACCCUGCUCACAUCCUGUAGGCAGCUUUAAGUCAUCAGUAAAAUCUUCUCCUCGAUCCCCGGGCUAUGUGUCUGCAACGUCUCCUGGUCCAACCAUUCCUUCUCCCAGGGAGUCUUACUCUAAAGAGAAAUUUGACUGGUGCCACCUGAAAAGCACUCAUGGGCUCCAUCCAAACACCUGGCUUAAGAAAGAGCACAGACUCUCCCUUUCUAGGGACAAAGAAUGUGUGAAUGAAAAGGAACCUGUUAAUCCACUUGUCCAUCCUGAGGUCUCCUCCCAGACAGGCCACAAGGACAGGAGAGCUCAGGAAUCUGGUAUUCCAACUUCUAGGAAAACGUCUACCAGUCCGAUCUGCUUGGAGGAACCCUUGCUUGAAACACAGAACUGCUGGUCAACAUAUUCUUUUGGCUUGGAAAAGCCAUUAACAGUGAAAGAACUGAGAGCGCUUCACAACCAAGCAUGUGACGCAACUUCAGGAGACACACACGGCACUUUAAAAGGUAACAACAGUUUGCCUAAUUCUUUAUUUUACGGCCAGGGUGUUAAAGGCUUGGGCUUGUACAGGGAAAAAACAGAUUCUUUAAUCCCUCAUGAAAAUACCUACGAAUGUCCAACCUUUGAACGCAGAGCAUCUGAACCUGGACAGACUUGUCUCAGGCUGGACAAAGAGUCAACAGAAAGACUGGAGCGUAUCCACAGACAGGCCAUAAGACGACAAGAACGAUAUUCUUCCUCCCACACUCAUGUACACAAAGUCCCUGAUGUGAAGCAGCAAGACAAGGCUAAUGAACCCCAGUUUUGCAUAUCCCCGUCUGCCACGAACGCUGUGAGGGAGUACUUCUUCUUGCAUGGAGAUGGAGAUACCCAGAGUAAUCUAAAGAAGAGCCAGGAGGUAACUGCGGCUCUUGUCCAUGGAAAGCGGCAGUGGAUAAGAAGAUGCAGCGACACACAGCUGGAGGACUUCGAGAAAAUGCUCUUUGCUGAGGAGUCUUAUGUUUAGGUUUUGGGAUUUUACUGCAUAAAGUGAUUUUAUUUGUCCUGGUCUAACACACUUGGGUGUUAAGAGUACUCCAGGACGGAUCAUCUUAU